AUGGUGGUAUGCAAAGAAGCAGAGGCUCAACUGAUCGUGCCCAUUUUCUAUGAUAUCGACCCCGCUGAUUUAAAAUACCAACGUGGAUGUGUUGAGGAAUCCUUCAGUAAGCACGAGCGCCGUAGAAUUGACCGCAAGGAAAUUUAUAAAUGGAAGCAGGCUCUCGGAAAGAUUACUGAGAUGAUGGGAUAUGAUCUGCGGAAGACAAACGAGGGUCAUGGUGCAAUCAUAGAGACAGUUGUUUCAUAUAUUCUAGAGCGGCUGAAGAAGAAUGAUUUAGAUGUGAUUGACGGUUUGGUGGGCAUGGAACCCCACGUACGGGAGGUUAUGAAAAAGCUUGGUGUCAUCUAUGUCAAUGAGCAGGCAACCGGAGUACAUGACAAAGAUGUACGCAUACUUGGAAUAUGGGGCAUGCCAGGGAUUGGCAAGACUACCCUUGCAAAGGUUGUGUACAACAAAAUUCAUCGUCUCUUUGAACGCUGUAGUUUUCUUUCCAAUAUUCGAGAAAAUGGUGCAUCCGAUGGACUCAUCAUGGGCCUACAAGAACAGUUAAUCUCAGACCUCCGAAGGAAAGAACGUAGAAGGCUAGGAACUCUUGAUCAAAUGACUAAUGUCAUAGAAAGUUCAUUUAGCAAAAUGAAAGUUCUCAUUCUUCUUGAUGAUGUGCAUGCUUUUGAACAAAUCAAGCAUUUAGUUAGGAAACUCAGUUGGUUUGGCCCGGGAAGCAAGAUUCUCAUGACAGUUGGAAAAAUCGAUGUUCUUGAUGGUUAUGGAGAUGGAGUGGCUGAUAAGUAUGAGUGGGUGUACUUGUGA